AUGGCAAUUGCUUAUACAUUGUUGGUGCUAUUCUUGGCAGUUUUCGUCGCUGCAUUUAUAUUUUUGGUUAUGGGGGUUAUUAAUUUUGAUUACUGCAACUCAGAAAUUCCUCCCGGUGUGAGCCAACCUGUAAAGCUCCGAAUCAUUCAUAUGCUUUUAAUAAGCACAGCUGUGGUGGGGAAGAUUUUGGAAAAUAUUGGCAUCUGCAGUCAGGUUAGCUUUGUCCGAUAUAUGCAAGGUAGAAAGACUCUGGGAGCAGACCAAAACCUUUUCAUCAAGGAUCUGUGGUUUGAUAAGGUGCCGGUGAGGAUUUAUCAGCCCAAGGCUCCAUCUGCCAGCCAAAGGAGGGGAGUUAUAUUCUUCCACGGAGGAGGAUGGGUAUUUGGAAGUCUUGAGACCUAUGAAAAGCUAUGCCGCUCAAUUGCCAAAGAAAGCGAAUCUGUGGUUGUAUCUGUUGGGUACCGUUUAGCUCCUGAGCACAAGUACCCUGCCGCAUAUGAAGACUGUCUUAAUGCCACCCUACACUUCAUGAAGAAUAUCGAGCACUAUGGGGUGGAUCCUGCCCACAUAAUUGUCAGUGGGGACAGUGCUGGGGGCAAUCUAGCAGCUGCUGUUAGCCAAACCCUUGCAAGCAGAUCAGACCUCCCAAAACUACGGGCACAGAUCCUGAUCUACCCAGGUCUUCAGGCUCUGGAUUUCAAUCUACCUUCCUAUCAGCAAAAUCGGGCAGUCCCUCUCCUAUUCAGAGAACGUGCUGCGUUCUAUGUGUUACAGUACCUAUAUGGGGAUGCAUCAGUUCUGGAAGAUGUCUUGGAGGGCACCCAUAUUCCUUCAGAUAUUAUAUUAAAUUAUAGGAAGUGGGUGAAUGCAGAGUAUAUUCCUGAAAAAUUCAGGGUCAGAGGCUACAAGCCGCAUGUGCUACUUGAAUGUGCAACUGAAGUUUACGAGGAAUUGAAAAAGUUCUGUGAGCCCAACCUGUGUCCGCUGUUAGCUGAAGACGCUGUCGUCCAGCAGCUGCCCGAGACCUUCCUCUUGACGUGCGAGUACGACGUGCUGCGAGACGACGGUCUGCUCUACAAGAAGAGAUUAGAGGACAACGGUGUGCCGGUGACCUGGUACCACCUCGACGAUGGGUUCCAUGGGAUCAUAAACUCAUUUAAUAGUGACUGGUUUUCAUUUUCAUCUGGAAAAAGGGGUGUUGAUAAUAUUGUGAACUUUCUAAAAAGCUUAUAA